GCUUGGGGGUGUGCGUAAGCAGGGGCUUGAUUUGGUGUGGAUCAACUUUCGGUGUAGUUGUCGCUCAGAAGCCCUGCCUAAGUCUCGUUGUCGUGCAGAGCGGUGUUCACCGUUUUCUCUGGGCCGUGGGCGCGCAGAGGUCGCAGAUCCGAGUCCGCGCCCUCUCGGAGCGCAGCGCCCCGGGGCGGUGCGAGCGCGGGAACGCCCGCGCCGGGCACGGCGUGCGAGCCGGGAGCCUGAACCCGCACUGUGACACUGUUGCAGUGGCUGGAUUUAUUUUGUCAGCAUCUCGAAGAUGGUAAACAUUAAAACCAUUUGAAGACUUCGAUUUUUUGUAUUUAUAUUAUCUCUGUAAGAGAUUUUGCCAAAGGAUCAAUGUCUUCGGUUUCAGUGGCAAAUUAUACAUAUACACCCUUGAAUCAACUUAAGGGUGGUACAGUUGUCAAUGUCUAUGGUGUUGUGAAGUUCUUUAAGCCCCCAUAUCUAAGCAAAGGAACUGAUUACUGCUCGGUUGUAACAAUUGCGGACCAAACAAAUGUGAAGUUAACUUGCCUUCUGUUUAGUGGAAACUAUGAAGCCCUUCCACAAAUUUAUAAAGUUGGAGACAUCGUUCGCUUUCACAGACUAAAGAUCCAAGUAUAUAAAAAUGAGCCUCAGGGUAUCACCAGCUCUGGAUUUGCAUCUUUGACAUUUGAGGGAACCUUGGGAGCUCCUGUCUUACCUCGUACUUCAAGCAAGUAUUUUCACUUCACUGAUGCAGACCAUAAAAUGGUAGAAGCCUUACGAAUUUGGGCAUCUACACACAUUCCACCUUCUUCAACAUUAGUGCAGUUGUAUGAUGUUCAGCCAAUGCAGUAUUUUGACCUGACUUGUCAGCUCUUGGGCAAAGCACAAGUAGAUGGAGCAUCAUUUCUACUAAAGGUAUGGGAUGGCACCAGGACACCCUUUCCAUCUUGGAGAGUCUUAAUAGAAAACGAGGUUCUUGAAGGGGACCUAAGUCACAUUCGUCGGCUACAGAAUCUUACAGUAGACAUUUUAGUCUACGAUAACCAUGUUCAAGUGGCAAAGUCCCUGAAGGUUGGGAGCUUUCUUAGAAUCUACAGCCUCCAUACCAAACUGCAGUCAGUGUCUUCUGAAAGCCAGGCAUCAUUAAGCCUGGAGUUUCAUCUCCAUGGAGGCACCAGCUAUGGGCGGGGAAUCACAGUCUUACCGGAAAGUAAUUCUGAUGUGGAGCAGCUGAAGAAAGAUUUACAGUCUGCAGAUUUGGCAGCCCCUCAGCAUUCAGACGGCAUCUGUCAAUCAGACCACGAGGACAGCUUUCUCACCCUUUCAAGCUCUGGAUCAGUGUCACUGUGUGAGGUAGAAAGAUGUCAACAACUGUCGGCUACAAUACUUACUGACCAUCACUAUUUGGAGAAGACACCAUUAUGUGCUAUUCUGAAACAAAAAGCUCCUCAGCAAUACCGAAUCCGAGCAAAACUAAGAUCAUAUAAGCCCAAAGGACUUUUUCAAUCUGUAAAACUUUAUUGUCCUAAAUGUCAUUCUCUGCAAGAAGUUCCACAUGAGAACGAUUUGGAUAUAAUUUUAAGAGAUGGAGCAAGUAAAACUCCAGAUACCAAAUUACAAAAUACGCCCUUAUAUGAUUCAGAAGUCUGGAGCACGGAGGAUCAGGGAGGACGAAAAGUUGUGACUCAUUUUGUAAAACGUAACGGUGUUCUCCCACUUUCAAGUGUGUGUCUCAUUUUGAUAGAAGGAGGUACACUUGGUGAAAUCUGUAAACUUUCAAGUGAGUUUCAUAGUAUUAUUCCUGUAAAAUCUGGCCCUGAAGACCUGGAGCUCCUAGACCUUUCAGUCCCAUUCCUUAUACAAGGAAGACUGUAUCACUAUGGGUGUAAGCAAUGUUCUAGUUUGAAACCAAUACAAAAUUUAAAUUCCCUUGUUGGUGAGACAUCAUGGAUUCCUUCUUCUGUGGCAGAAGCAUUGGGUAUUGUACCCCUGCAACAUGUGUUUGUUAUGACAUUUACUCUGGAUGACGGAACAGGAGUAUUAGAAGCUUAUCUCAUGGAUUCUGACAGAUUCUUCCAGAUUCCAGCAUCAGAAGUCCUACUUGAUGAUAACCUUCAGAGAAGUAUGGAUUUGAUCAUGGAUAUGUUUUGUCCUCCAGGAACAAAAAUUGAUGUGUAUCCAUGGAUGGAGUGUGUUAUCAGGUCAUAUAAUGUCACAAAUGGAGCAGAGCAGCAAAUUUGCUAUCAGAUUUUCGACACCACAGUUGCAGAAGAUGUUACCUAAUAUUGCCUUUCAAUUGGCAUAUGAAACAUACUGUAAUUGCAGGAAACUUUAUUACUUCCCAUUAGAUUAUCUUAAAACACCUAAUGAUAACAGCUAAAUACGUCACAAUUUUAUUUUAACCACAAUUUCAGGGUUUUUUUUAAAUACACAGACAUUGUGUUACUUUAAUGCCUUUUUGUAAAUAUUUUCAAAAUGUUCUGAUUGUGUAAAAUGUCCAACAUGACUUCCAGAGAUUUAAAAAA